AUGUUUCUUCGCACCAUCUCUCGCGCUGUCCCUCGCAGCCCGGUUGCCGUUCGCGCUGGCUCAAUCGCCGUUAACUCUCAGAUUCGUGCUGCUUCUACCGAGCAUGCCAUCUCUAACCCUACCCUGGCUGGUAUUGAGAAGCGCUGGGAGGGUCUCCCUCCUCAGGAGCAGGCCGAGCUUUGGAUGUCCCUCCGUGACCGUAUGAAGGUUGACUGGCACCAGUUGACCCUCCAGGAGAAGAAGGCCGCCUACUGGAUCGCUUUCGGUCCCCACGGCCCCCGUACUGAGUACCCCAAGGGUGAAGGUCUCAGAGUCUUUUUCAAGACCGCUCAGCUCACCGCCGCGGCCGUCGCUCUCUUUUACGGUGUUCACUACUUCGCCAAGCCCUGGCCCAAGACCAUGACCAAGGAAUGGCAGGAGGCCUCCAACGAAUAUGCUCUUUCUGAGAACAUCAACCCUCUUCACGGUAUUAGCAAGGCUGGUUACAGCGGUGCUGGCUUCGUCCAGAGUGGCCCCGCCCCUGUCGAGAAGUCAUAA